AGAGAAAUAGAAAUGCUCGAGUGUCCUUAAGCAGAAGGGUGACAGAUUCUUCGAAUGCGUUGCUUGGCACAAAUACUAAUUUUCCUUGCAUUUUUUCCUUCUAAAAAGACGACUUAAGGCUGAUAGAAAGACUAGCACGUCGCGUAUACGACACGUUUGACUGGUAGCUGGACUUUUUUCCUGUGUUACGUUAAAGGACUGCCUGCCAUUAAGGGAGAAUGGGAACUUUGGACUGUCUUAGCGUACUGGCGCUGUGCUUGGUAGCUACGUUUUCUUGCGCCAGGGUACUAUAGGCAUACCCAUGAGCUGUGGUCAGCUAAACUUUUGAGACUCUGACUAUAGAAGUUGAAAGAAAAACAUCAGUAAGCAUGAAGGUUUAUGUCGCUGCCUAGCUUGUAUUGAGGUUUAAGAAAAUUCGUUAAUAACUCGGCGACAUUUCGUCAACAGAGCUGCAGUUGUUGAGCCAUACGUACAUUUAAGUGUGUUUGCGCAAGGGUUUUCUGCUACUGCUAACAGCUCCUAAUAAAGGUGUACUGAUUUAUAUAACACUGAGCACCCGUCGAAAUUGGCCAUCCAAGAAAGCCGUCCCUCCUCGGUAACAUUUCGAUCUCAUGGUAUGGAUAUCCAGGGAGGAGUAUGCACCGGAGUUCCGCGAAAAGCAUUAGGAGGCGCGUUUGAGAACGUCUAUUACGGCGCGUUACACGACCCUAUGAGUGUUCCACAAAUAGAAUCAAUGCAUCACUUUAUGGGAGACUCGAACCACAUCAACACCUUCCAGUACAAAGAGUGUCAAGAUGGCACAAAUGGACGGUCCGUCAUACAGUCUGGGGCCCCGCUGCACACGAUCUACAGAGGUCCGUCUUCACAAGGAAGCACUUCGUGCGAGUUACAGGGCGAACUCAGCAGUCCGGAUAGCAGUGACUCGUUGAGACUUUGUGCAACUGCUGCCCCGUGCAGGACGUCACAAUUGCAGGGCUCGUGGCCCUUCGCGCUCUUGUGCUCUGCAGCUGGCAGCCUGCAGCCAGGGCUUGCCAGCAGAAGCAAAGGGAGCUCGCCUGAAGAAGGUUUUGCGCAAAGACUAUCCUGCGCUGUCCCUGGAGAAGAAAUGGGUGGCAGAAGAGAAGAAAGGGAGACUUUUUGCAGUUUGACUAAUAGAGAAGGCUGUUCCCCAGUGUCUGAAACAGCCAAGGAGCUCUGCAAAGCUGUAUCCGCCUCUAUGGGACUGAGCACGGAGUUAAGCGAGGUGAGCGAGUCUAGCCAGGUGGGCCGAAUGUUUGGCUCGGUUACCACAACGAAUGAGGUCCCUGAAAGCAGUGAAGCUGGGCAGUGUUCUCCACUCACUAGUUAUCUGUGUCAGAGUGGUUGUACAGUUUUUGGAGAAGGGGCACAGAACAGUUCCAUGGUAGCCGUUGAACGUUUCCCGGUACUGGCACAGUGUCGUCAUACACUUGGCAGGUCAGGCCAGGCAGGCUUUGACACAAGGACAGAAGGCAAGAAUGAUAUAGAGCGGGUUGGAGUCAUUAAAAGCAUAGAAUACGGAGAAACAGGGACCGAGAUAAAUAGGAACCAAGAAAAACGGGACAGACUCCAAGAUGCAGUAUCCACGGAGCUGGAGGACUAUGAGAAAGAUAAUAGUGUAGCCAUCCAGUCAGAGAGCACAACAUUCACGCCAUUGUACAGACGCGCAUCCUAUGGAGAGAGUGCUUCCACAUACUUCAGGGACAAACAUUUGCAUACACCAAUAAAUCUGCCAUCUCAGUACCAGAUCAAAUCUGAAGCCAACAGUGGAAUGAAUUCUGGCCAGCCUCUGGGGUCGUACUGCAGGUACUCGGACCAUGUCCCAUCUCAGUCCUUUGGCUCAUAUCAGAUGCCCUGGCACAACCCACUGUAUCAAGAGGAUGGGAACACUUGUACUGCCUUUAGCAGUGGCACAACUUUUGGAUACAGGAAAAUGAACAGACUGACAGCAGCUGGGCAAGAUGGGCCAAGUACUUCUGAAGUGUGGUAUCCCAAUGAGCUGUUGGGACGUUUGCAGUAUCCAGCAACAGGCUGUAUCAAAACAGAGAACUGGAGGGAUGGCUAUCCAUGUGGAGAAUUCAGGUUUGAUGGUGGAAGGGACCAGGCCUUCUCAAUGGACUGCUUCUUUGCACCACAGAAGAUGUGCCUGAUUUGUGGAGAUGAAGCUUCUGGUUGUCACUAUGGAGCGCUAACCUGUGGUAGCUGUAAAGUCUUUUUUAAGAGAGCAGCUGAAGGUAAACAAAAAUACCUUUGUGCCAGCCGAAAUGACUGCACCAUUGAUAAAAUUCGAAGAAAAAAUUGCCCAUCCUGUCGCCUCAGAAAAUGCUUUGAAGCAGGAAUGACCUUAGGAGCUCGCAAACUGAAGAAGCUGGGACAUUUGAAGAUUCAAGAAGAGUCAGAAUCAGGAAGUGGCAUGAACCAGCAGGAACUUGUGCCUCAAGGAUCUGCAGAAAGUGGGCCACCACUUUUAGACCAAUUCCAGUGCCAGCCAGCAUUCCUUAACAUCCUAGAAGCCAUUGAACCCAUUACAGUGUACUCAGGCCACGACAACAGCCUGCCUGACACAGCAGCCAAUCUUCUAACAAGUCUUAAUGAACUCGGAGAAAGACAGCUGGUACAUGUGGUCAAAUGGGCAAAAGCUCUGCCAGGUUUUCGUAACUUACAAGAGGAAGACAAAAUGGCUGUCAUACAAUAUUCAUGGAUGAGCAUUAUGGUUUUUGCCUUGAGUUGGAGAUCAUACAAACAUGCAAACAGUAGGAUACUGCACUUUGCUCCAGACUUGAUAUUUAAUGAGUACAGAAUGCAAAAAUCCUCUAUGUAUGAGCACUGCUUGUGGAUGUGUCGCCUAUCGCAAGAGCUGGCCUGGCUACAAGUUACAAUGGACGAGUACCUGUACAUGAAGGCAGUCCUGCUGUUCAGUUUCACCCCAGCAAACGGCUUUAAAAAUCAGAAGAACUUUGAUGAAGUACGAAAAAAAUAUAUUCAAGAACUGGAGCGAGUGGUUAUGUUCAGAAAGAACAACGUGCAGCGUUUCUACCAUAUGACCAAGCUUCUUGACUUUCUACAGUUUGUUGUCAGCAAGCUACAUCAUUUUACAUUUGACCUUUUCAUUAAAUCACAGUCACUGAGUGUCAGUUUUCCAGAGAUGAUGGGUGAAAUUGUUUCGGUUCAAGUACCCAAGAUUCUGUCAGGAAUGGUGAAGCCAAUACUCUUCCAUAAACAGUAACAUCCAGUAAACUUACAUCAUCUAUGGUGCCUUGGAAGCUGUGCCCUGGUGUGUGCACUAAGGCAGGGGAAAAGGCCCACACCAGCCGUGUCUUACACUGUUCUUAAUGGCUUGUUUGUUUCUCCACCAUCCUACACCCUCUUUUUAGUAUGCACCCCCUUUAUUUAAACAGUAACAUGCAAGCAGCACCUCUGCCAUAAGUUUUCUUUGUGCUUUCAUUGCAGGCCUUAAUCAUGUACUAUCUGUGCCACAUCAGUUUGUCUCAACACAUCAGAAAGUUUGGCACACUAAUGUACUUCACAGGACUGUUGCAGAUGCAGUAUGAGCAAAAAAGGAACACUGCAGACUGGCUGGUUAAUCAGUCAUUGUAAGACUACCAACAGUAGAAAACAAAUGUCAUUAUGUUCCAAAGUUUUUGUACAGUGUUGUUUUCUAGUUAGUCUGUAAAGGAUUUUGUUAUUGCUGUGACAAUGUGUCACGUAAGCUGAGGCCUUUUGUUGCGCUGUUGCGUAUAAAAGCAGAUUCUGGAAUACUUUAA